GGUGCGCCCCUGGCGGCGGACCGUGCAAGUGACCCUCGCGGAAAUAAUUAUCGCGAUUUAUGUUAUUUGCAAAUGUGAUCCGGGGGUUUAAUUAAUUAGACGAUGCCGAGUGGCGGCGACUGAGACGGCGACGGACGGGCUCCUGGGGACUACCCGGUUACGCCGUGAGUGGAGUAGAGCAGCGGCGGCCGCGGCACGGGAAUGGACCUGGCAGAAACUAUGAAGAACAUUGUUGCCAAAGGUAUGCAAACCGAAAUGGGUCCACCGGGUGGAGGAUCGGGUUACUCCGCGACACCGAGCAGCGCUGGUUAUGUCACAGAGAAGAUGUACAUGUUGUUACAAGCGUAUUUGCAAAAUAAAGGCUGGAAUCCUAGUAUCGAGCUACUGCAAUGCUUCUCGGAAUUUAAGGAUGCCUCUAUGAUGCCUAGCGCCGCCUAUUUACAGAUGAUGGCAUCUAGAGUUGCACUAGAUUCACAGGGAAGACUAGUCCUUAGAGAGAAUGGCAAAAUAAUACUACCUUAUGAACACUUUGCCAAUGCCGUAAUGUUGAAACACAUGAAUGGACCACACGGCUUACACUUGGGCUUAGAGGGUACAGUCAGAGCAGUUAUGGAAUCUUACACCAUUGGAAGAGAGUGCUUCGGGAUGGAGAAAGAGUUUAUCAUAGAAGUCGUGCAAAACUGUCCCAAUCCUGCUUGUCGUUACUACAAAAAUCAGUUGGAGCUCACUCAGAAGAUGGGUCACAUGGCACCAACUUAUAUUCAAGAGAAUGAAGCGACUGCAUCUCUUCUACGUACUGGUUUUCCACAUAGCACAGAUUUCCAGAGCCUAAGCAGCGCUAAUCCGAACACACACAUGGGAGGAGGAUCCGCGGCGGAUUUAUCAGAGAUGAGGAGUGCUGGCAACCAAAUGAAUCUUCAACGUCCCCCAAGCCGUCCAUCAUUAAAUAUUCCGCAUCGGCCUGUAUCGCAAGAGAAGAAAGUGCCAUCCGGCAAGCAGCAUUAUGAAUCUCUAAUACCUAAUAUACCAAUCUCCGAUCAUAAGUUGACGGACUUUUUACGUACCAAUCUGGAUAACUUGGACAAUCUCACUUCUCUCGGUUUAGGAAACUUACAAGGAUUAGGAAACGCCAACAAGGACUUGUUAGCACUACACAACGGUGCAUGGCCUUUAGAAAGUGAAAAGGGAUCCCGAUCAUCAUCUUCAAAUUCAGAAGGUGGUCAAGAGAAGAUUGUGCGCGCUUUCGCCGAAGUGAUGAAAAACAUGGCAAGAAUGAAAGCUUGCGUACGACCGGCAAUGUGCAAGCCGUACGGCAAACAAUCCGAGGCUCUGCAAAAAACAUUGGUCGAUACCAUACAGCUUGUACAGUCGUUGAGAAGCUUCUUGCCGCCUCCACAUAUUCCAGUUUCGAGCUGGAAAAACGAAGAUAAACACCGAUUAGAUCACACCGGUACCCCUUACCUGUCAACGUUAAAGGCUAGCGGGAUGGAAGAAUUAUGCGAGCAGCGUAAGUUAGACUAACCGUCGUCUUCGCUUUACUCGCGACAGACCAAGUUUCGUCUUUUUGCGCUCUAUGAUGUUCUAGUCACAAGAUGUUUAUUAAUUAGCUGGGUGUUUCGUAUCUAAACAACCCGAUGGAUUGCUCAAAAAAGUUGUUGGCGUUUAGGACUUCAAAUACUAAGAGACAAAAUGAGUCAUGCGUGGACUGUGAUAAAAGUGGGUAGCGAGAAACAAAAAAGAUUUAUAUGUAGGACUAAACUUACACACCGCGUCAUUUUAGGGAUUUCUUAUUAGCUUUAUUUUAUCACUGUAACCUGAUUUCGUAUUGUCAUUGCUCUCAAUCUGCCUAUGGAGCUUAUUCGACAAAUAAUCUAUCGAUUAAUCCCUUAAUUACUGAAUGCCUAGUGACUGAGUUAUGAUUACGUAAAUUACGUAAAUAAUAGAUAUUCAAUACGGAUAGCCUUUAUAUUUACUGUAUCGAUUUAAUAAUUUGCCGUUUGUGUUCCAAUAAUUACUACCUGAUUAAUAAUAUAUAUAAGGCUUCUUUUAUAUGUAUGAAACUGUUAUGUAUGCCUACUGUUAUGUAGGCAUGUGAAACUUAUGUCAAUAUGAGAAGCAAAGACUAAAUUGAUUUGGUACAAAAGCUUUUGCUACUAAUCGAUUACUACUUCAACAUUCGCGACAUAGGCGCAUAAAGAAAGAAUAAAUAAGUUAACAAUUUCCUCGAUUAUUAAACUCGUGUUGCUUUGUUUUACAUGUUUUUAACUCGUUUGUUAAAUAUAGUAUAUUCUUUAAUGUAGAAUUUU